AUGGACUACGCGGCUACUCUAAAGCAUCUAGCAAAGGAGGCCGGUAUACCUAUACCUCCUAAUUCCUUUUCAAAACCUAGUGUUGGUCGUUCACCGUCUCUUAACAAAAGUAAAGGAUUAAGUAAAUGCUCAAAAUGCGGAGAGACGCGCACUGGGAUAGGCUGGUGUCGACCAUGCAAUACAGCUAAACUCAUAGCUCAAUUUAAGAAUUGGACAAGCGGAAAUGAAGAACUAGACCAGUUUAUCAGAGAUACCCAAAUAAACGCAAAUACGCCUUACGAUUAUAUUCGUUGGAUUAACUUUGAUAGUUUUUCGGAUCUCAAGUUUAUAGCGAAAGGUGGUUUGGGUUCAGUUUUUUCAGCGAAAUCUGAAGCAUGGGGUAAAGUGGCGCUUAAAUUUCUUGAUGAAGCGGAGAACUUGGCCCGUGACUUUUUGGAAGAGAUCUCUUACAAAUGGCGAUUCCUUUCUGACGGUAAAGCUCCAUUCCAAGGUCCAAAAACUAAGAAAGUUAGGACCGGCACUGUAAAGUCAGUCAUCACGAAUUCUGGUGCUGUGCACCCACAAGCUUUCUACACGAGUCGGUUGCUACAUUAUCCGAAUUUACCCGAACCUCAAAAUUCAGAUACUUUUACGCUUUUUGACUCCACAACUGGAGAGCUACAUGUAAUGGUUCGGAAACAGAAUACUAAGAAAGACCCUACCAGGUCUUCAACUUUGCCGUCAUCCGACACUAGUAAUAUUGACAAAGGCAAAGAGAGAGCCAGAGAAGGCCUUUCUCGAAGAGAAUCUGCUAAAAUUUCACAUCAUCGAUGGUCUUCUAUCAUUAACGAAAUUCCAAAACAAGUUGAACUCUACAAAGUAGACGAUAAAGAGAAACAAUCUUAA